AUGAUCACUUUGCCUAAAGAAUUAUGUGAGGAAUGGGCUUUAGCGGAAUGCGAAGGUGAAGGUUGGUGGCGAGAAGCUCGUGAGUCGACCGCUGCUGAUAUGGACGUUAGGUACGCAGGUACAGCGCCCGUGGAGCGUGCAGCGUCGGCGCCUGCGACUGCACUCGCUGUGCGUUCUGCUUUGCAUUCUGUUAAAUUGACGAACAAGAAACUGCAGCGCGUGAGCCUGGACAUCAGCUCAAAGGGAAUCAUAGUAAUCGACACAGAAUCCCAGGAAAAUGUCGUCAGUGUCUCCAUUUACAGGAUUUCAUAUUGCUCUGCGGAUGCAGCCAACGCUCGUGUCUUCGCGGUGGUUGAAGGCAAGCCUACGCUAGGACAAAACGAGAACCACAUAGUGCACGUUUUCGUCUGCAACAGAAGGAAGCAUGCUAGGGCUUUAGCCCUGUCACUGGCACACGCCUUCAAUGAUGCAUAUCAGGAUUGGCAAGCGAAUUUGAACCAGUGCAGUUCUGUGGGAUCGAAUGGAAAGCGUUUAUCUCCAUGGGUACGCUUCCAAGAAGAGUCCGAUGAGGAGAUUGAAGCGGAGGACUGGAACCCGCCUGCUCCACUGGUGACUUUCGCUUAA